AUGGCCACACUUUCCUCCAGCCCCAUCGUCAUUGAUGGCAAGGGUCAUCUCCUUGGAAGGCUGGCCUCCAUUAUCUCCAAGCAAAUCUUGUCCGGCCAGAAAAUCACAGUUGUCCGGUGCGAGGAGAUCAACAUCUCUGGCAGCUUCUUCCGCAACAAGCUGCGCUACCACAACUUCCUGCAUAAGCGCCACAUUGUUAACCCCAAAAAAUCUGGUCCUUUCCAUCACCGCGCGCCGUCCAAGAUUCUCUUCCGGGCCAUCCGCGGCAUGGUACCUCACAAGACCGCUCGUGGCGCGGCGGCUCUUGAGCGCCUGAAGCUUUUUGAGGGUGUUCCUCCUCCAUAUGACAGGAAGAAGCGGAUGGUUGUACCGGAGGCAUUGCGGGUCCUGCGGUUGAAGCCUGGUCGUAAAUACUGCACAGUGAAGCGUCUGUCUCAUGAAGUCGGUUGGGGCUACAAGGACGUCGUGGAUCAUUUGGAGGAGAAGAGGAAAAUCAAGGCGCAGGCCUUCCACGAGCGCAAGCUUGCUGCUGUCAAGCUUCGCCAGAAGGCCAUCUCUGACACCGCGUCAUCGUUCGAGCAGCUCACUGCCCUUGGCUACUAG